AUGCUAGUGUUUACCGUAUCGCGUCGGCGAUCCUUCAUCAGAGCAUGGUGGUUUAAUCGAUUCGUUAUUGAAGAAUUAUACCGUCGAAUCUUAUUAACCUUACUGCCUACUGGAGAUGGUACUUUUAUGCCCGAUAAUGCACCCACGUAUACUGCAUACUUUGUACGCGAUGCAUUAGAAGAGAUCAAGAUCGAGGUUAUGAUCUGGCCACCUUAUUCGCCUGAUGCAAACCCAAUUGAGAACUUCUGGGAUCUUUUGGAGGCAUAUAUUUAUAAGAUUCGACCUGAUCUUACGCAUAUGAAGAAUAACGAUGAGACUAAGCGGAUUUUACACAAAUUGCACGGCAAAUAUCGAUAUGCACCAUCUGAAACACCUUUGAGACUAUUGCCACAUCGCAUGCAAGCAAUUAUCGAACCAGAAGGGUGGUACAUGCCCUACUAG